UGCUCUGCAUUAUGUGCUGCUCGGCCCUGGCUUUUUUUACUGCCACAUUUGUCUGCUUGCAAAACUGCCGGCCAGGUCCUGCCCCAUUUCUCCGGGCGGCCUGGGUGUUUUCAGUUAUUCUUGGACUGGGCCAAAGUGAAAACAAUAGAUGUGCGUCUUCGAACGCAGCGUCCUGCACCCGGUGCCUCGCCCUGGAUCCGCAGUGUGGAUGGUGUGCUCAAGAGGAUUUCAUUUCAGGUGGAUCAAGGAGUGAACGCUGUGAUAUUGUUUCCAAUUUAAUAAGCAAAGGAUGUUCAAUUGAUUCAAUAGAAUACCCUUCUGUGCAUGUAAUGCCAAGUGAAAAUGAAAUUAAUACCCAGGUGACACCAGGAGAAGUGUUGGUCCAGCUGCGUCCAGGAGCUGAAGCUAAUUUUAUGCUGAAAAUUCAUCCCCUGAAGAAAUAUCCUGUGGAUCUUUAUUAUCUGGUUGAUGUCUCAGCAUCAAUGCACAAUAAUAUUGAAAAAUUAAAUUCCGUUGGAAAUGAUUUAUCCAGGAAAAUGGCAUUUUUCUCCCGAGACUUCCGUCUUGGGUUUGGCUCGUACGUUGACAAAACAGUUUCACCGUACAUCAGCAUCCACCCAGAAAGGAUUCAUAAUCAAUGCAGUGACUACAACUUAGACUGCAUGCCUCCCCACGGGUACAUCCACGUGCUGUCUUUGACGGAGAACGUCACUGAGUUUGAAAAAGCGGUUCAUAGACAGAAGAUCUCUGGAAAUAUAGAUACACCUGAAGGAGGUUUUGAUGCGAUGCUCCAGGCUGCUGUCUGUGAGAGUCAUAUUGGAUGGAGAAAAGAAGCUAAAAGAUUGCUGCUGGUGAUGACAGAUCAGACAUCUCAUCUUGCUCUCGACAGCAAAUUGGCAGGCAUAGUGGUGCCAAAUGACGGAAACUGCCACCUGAAGAACAAUGUCUACGUCAGGUCAACAAGCAUGGAACAUCCCUCACUAGGCCAACUCUCGGAAAAGUUAAUAGACAACAACAUUAAUGUCAUCUUUGCAGUUCAAGGAAAACAGUUUCAUUGGUAUAAGGACCUUCUACCCCUCUUGCCUGGCACCAUUGCUGGUGAAAUAGAAUCAAAGGCUGCAAACCUCAAUAAUUUGGUAGUAGAAGCCUAUCAGAAACUUAUUUCAGAAGUCAAAGUGCAAGUGGAAAACCAGGUGAAAGGCAUCCAUGUAAACAUUACUGCCAUCUGUCCAGAUGGGACCCGGAGGCCAGGCGCAGAAGGAUGUGGCAAUGUGACAAGCAACGACGAAGUUCUUUUCAAUGUAACAGUUACAAUGAAAAAAUGUGAUGUCACAGGAGGAAAAAGCUAUGCCAUCAUCAAACCUAUUGGUUUCAAUGAAACCACUAAAAUUCACAUACACAGAAACUGCAGCUGUCAGUGUGAUGACAGCCGAGGACCUAAAAGGAAGUGUGUAGAUGAAACUUUUCUCGAUUCCAAGUGUUUCCAGUGUGAAGAGAAUAAAUGUCACUUUGAUGAAGAUCAAUUUCCUUCAGAGAGCUGCAAGUCACACGAGGAUCAACCUGUUUGCAGCGGUCGAGGAGUGUGUAUUUGUGGGAAAUGCUUGUGUCACAAAAUUAAGCUUGGGAAAGUAUAUGGAAAAUACUGUGAAAAGGAUGACUUUUCUUGUCCAUAUCACCAUGGAAAGCUGUGUGCUGGGCAUGGAGAGUGCGAAGUGGGCAGAUGCCAGUGCUUCAGUGGCUGGGAAGGAGACCGGUGCCAGUGCCCAUCAGCAUCAGCCCAGCACUGCAUCAACCCAAAGGGCCAAGUGUGCAGUGGCAGAGGCACAUGUGUAUGCGGCAGGUGCGAGUGCACCGACCCCAGGAGCAUCGGCCGCUUCUGUGAACACUGCCCCACGUGUCCCACAGCCUGCAAUGAAAACUGGAAUUGCAUGCAAUGCCUUCACCCCCACAACCUGUCUCAAGCAAUACUUGAUCGGUGUAAAUCCUCAUGUGCUUUCAUGGAACAUUAUAUGGACCAAACAUCAGAAUGCUUCUCUAGCCCAAGCUACUUGAGGAUAUUUUUCAUCAUUUUCAUAGUUACAUUCUUGAUUGGGUUGCUUAAAGUCCUUAUCAUUAGACAGGUGAUAUUGCAGUGGAACAGUAACAAAAUAAAGUCCUCGGCAGAUUACAGGGUGUCGGCCUCAAAAAAGGACAAGUUGAUUCUGCAAAGUGUUUGCACAAGAGCAGUAACCUACCGACGUGAGAAACCUGAAGAAAUAAAAAUGGAUAUCAGCAAAUUAAAUGCUCAUGAAACUUUCAGGUGCAACUUCUAAAAAAGAUAAAAAAGUACUUUACAGGAAACUGGAUUUUUAAUAAUUGCUCCUAAAAAUUAUAGUUGUAGAAGUCACAGGAGGAGACAAAUUGUUCUAGAUCGUGCUAGUUGCUGGUUUUCACUCGAAUGAAGACUGACAAGCAUCCUCAUCGUCAUGUGACUCACAUCGCUGCUGACUUUUUCCGAGAAACAUGUGUCUUACUACUGUUUGAGACUAGUGUCAUUGUAGCACUUUACUGUAAUAUAUAACUUAUUUAGAUCAGCAUAGAAUGUAGAUCAUCUGAAGAGCACUGAUUACACUUUACAGGUACCUGCCGUUCCUACGCUUCCCAGAGAGACACAAUGCUGUCGAGAGUUUUGGCAUCGUGUCACUGCAAGGGUACAGUGAUCCCUGCACAGAACGUGCAAAUGAAAAAAAAAAAUAAGGCAAUUAUACUAAUGUUGCCAAACACUUCAACAUUUGGCAGUGAACAGACAAGAAUAGCUAGAUGAAUAAAUGGUUAGUGUUUCACUCUUUCAGGAGCUGAACAGGUGAAACCUUCAUCUUGAGGGAUAUUGCUUUUGAAACUGUGUCGUUUUAUUCAUGUGUGUUUCUUUUCUUUUCUUUUCUUUUUUUUUUUUACAAAAUGGAUACUAAUUCCAACAUUCUCUCCUCUUUGCUUUUAUAGUUUGGUUUUCUUUCUUACAGGAUAAGUUUAUAUAUGUCACAGAUGACUGGAUUAAAUAAGUGCUAAAUUACUACUGCCAUAAAAACGUAUUAGUACAAUGUCACUUUAUUAGAAUACUGGUUUUAAAAGCUGAAUGUUUAAUAAGGGACACUGUAAAGUAACAUCAAAACCUGAACAGCUUCGUUGUUUGCAGAUGUGGAGUUUUAUUUCUUACCUGGUCAACUGGAUGGACUGUUUCACCAUUUCAUUUGUCUCAUCAUCAGGUUAAAAUGCACAAGAUACUUAGAAACUCUGCCUCAAGCAAACUGCCACACUUUUGACUGAGCUUUCUCAGAUAUUUACUCCAAGUAGAUGUCAGCAUUUUCAAAUUAAAUGCUAUAUUAAGCUAUAUUAUUUUUGCCUUUCGAUGAAGCCUAUGGACAUGCUUCCCCUGUAUCACCUCAACUUCACUGCCAGAAUUCUAAAGUAUGUGAUUGGAGGAAGACAGACAACAUCUUAGAAAUAAGAUCAUUCAUCCUUUUAGUUAGUCAGGCAAUCAAGGCUCAGAAGGUUUAAACGAUUUCUCAAAAGCCAUCCCCGCCAUUACGUGGCAGCAUUCAAAGGAAACUUCUCUUAUUGCCAGGCUAGUGUUUAUUGCACAAUAUCAUGCUACCUCGUGAGUCUUUAAAAUAUCUAAUUGGCAAAUGUCUUUAAAUGUGAUUUACUGAAGUCUUAAGUAUAUGGGCAUAAGAAAAUGUCAAAGCAAAGCAGAAAAGAGUCAUUCAAACUGAACGGGCCAUGACUGGCUUCCAAUCUUUCCUGCUAAUCAGCUUCUAAGCACUAACUACAGGGAAAUCCGUUCCCGCCUUAGCCUGUGCAGAGUUCAAGCUGGGAGACGGACACAGAGAUCGUGAGCUUUCAUCCGCCGCAGUGGAAACUUCUUCACAAUUACCGCAGCCCACAGGCUCAGUCCACCUGUCCUGUGAGUAGUACUGAGCUUUGCCUCCGACAACCAUGUCUUCUUAUAGUUAUUAACAGUUCAGCACUUGAAUUAAUCAAAGUGCAUUUCAAUGAAGACUAACUCCCCACCCCAUAUUCUACCCUGAAGAGCAUUUUAAAACAUAUAAUAAGUUGUUCUGGAGCCAACAAACACAGCAGCUCCAUUAGCUGUCCCCUCCAGCCAAGCAAUUAUGACUCUAAGUUAAACUGUAUUUCCUUCCCCAAAUGAGAGACUGGGGACACUGACAUAAUUCAGUACUGUGACUCACUUGUGUAAGACACCCUUGACCACUAAGGAUAACGUAAAAAUCGUAUUUUGCUAUCUGCCUCACACACAGCAUCCUUUUAAAAAGGAAAAUAAAUGGAUACCUGACAGACCCCCGAAAGGAAAAAGUGGGGAAAAUCCAUUAAUUAAAAUGCUGACAACUUAGAAAUGAACAUUAUGAUGUUCAUAAAACAAUUUUCAUGUGGAAUGAAGUAUCUAUCCAAAAAAGCAAAAUAAAAUGAAACCCUUAAACAUCUAGGGUUUAUAUUUUUUACACUCUCACUGGUUUGCACUAAUUUGUAAUGAACCGAGGCUGUCAUCACAGGAAAGGACAAACCUCCUGAUGGGCAGUUCAACGCUGGAUGAUGACUGAAGUUAUGCUUGCUAUGUGCUUUCCUGUUUUACUUAAGGAUCUAAUUCUUAAAGAUUUUAGAGCUUCUAUUGUACUUGAAUAAUCAGUAUGUUCCUAUGUAGUGGUUUGUGAGAAGAGAAUUAAUAUUUGACUAGUUAGAAUUAAUUAAAAGGUAAGGGAAAACAGGGUAUUAUUAGAUUAAAUAGUAUCUGUAAAUAGAGGCUAUUUUCAAUGUGUCCACAGGAGCCUUUUCAGAUUCACUGAUAUUAAACACAAGUCAUGAAUUUUAAAUGGUUAACAACGUUAAUAACUUGAACACUUUUGGUACGACAGCACUUCUGCACCCAUAAGUAUGCAAUGACUUAGAAAUGUGCCAUCCAUACACUACAAUAUAAUUGCAUGCCUUUUAUUUCUCUAGGGCAUCUUUACACUGCAGUGCACAUGGACUUAUAAGCAUUUGAUAUCUUUUACAAAAUUUGUUAAUAUUUAUGAUUUCAUAUUCUCUGCAAGACUCAGAAAUUCGCUAAAAACCUGAUUAUAUCUUAAAUGUUCAAUGUAGCUUAGAUAAUAAAGAUUUUAAAAACUUGAAUUCAAAAAUAGAUUUUUUUCUACAGAUUUUUCAAACAUCAAAAUUAAAAUUAGUGUAUGUAUCAGAUGCAAUACUUCACUAAGGAAUAAAUUCCAAAUAUUUCCUAAUAUAUACUCAAUCUCCAUUGGACAUAUUCUUAUGUAUAACAACAGGCAUCCAUGAGACACCAAAACAUUUUUAUGAAGAACUAUGAAAUUUUUUCUCCGUAGAAUAUACUCCUCCAGGUACCUGAUAUAGCAAAUUAAACUCAGUGGCUUUUACUUCCAUUCCUUACUCCUGUUUUUUUCUACUCAGUUUUCCUAAGGGAUUACACUAAAACUUGAAACUCAAUAAGCCUAAUUGUGGAAAAAUAAGAAAUGUAAUGGUAUAGUAAAGUUCUUCAUUUCCAAACAUCUCUUAAUGAUUUUAAAACUCAUUUGAAUCUAUACACCUGAACAAAGACAGAUCCAUUAAAAUUUUUAAAUUUUCACAAUUGUUAGAGAUCCAGUUUUAAAGGAUUCAAGACAUUAUUUUAGUAACAGUUUCAAGUGAAAUACAUACAGCUACUUGGGAGUUCAAGCAUGUGCAUAUUGUAUUGCUUUAUUUGCUCUUAACAUUUAUUUUAUGAUGGUCCUUAUCAAUAUUGACCUUUAAAAAUCCAUUUCAUGAAAUGCAAAUUGAAAUGUAUUUCUUGUCAAAGAAAUGUAGAACUAGCUUUCAGAUCAUUUCCCUUUUCUUUAAUAAUUCCUCUAUGGGCAACUGAUUAUAUGUUCAUGUUUCAUUGAUUCUGAGAAAACUCCCUUUUCGAUAGAACAUCUCUGAAAUUGUGCUGUAUCUUGCAAUUGUUGGUGUGUUAGAUACAGUGUUGGAAGUUGUGCUUAAAUAAAUAUUACACUAAUUAAUUUUUAACUAAAUGUUCAUAGACAUAGGGACAUUCCUUUCUUACAAAUAUUUGAGAAGUCAUUUAUGAUAACAUAUGAGCCAGUUUUCAGUACAACUGAAUCACAUAUGAUUCAACAUGGAGCCUGAUUAUGAGCUCAUGCCCUACAGACCUUAUGUUAUGAAAGCUUUUGGCCUCCUAUUUAUGCUAGUGGAUAUGAUUUCUGCAAACCCUACCUUAACUGACAAGAAUGAGUUUUGUUGACAAUUUUUUAUUCUUUCUAUUCCUUUGUAAAGAAUACUUUUGUAUUAUGAUCUUGCUGUUAAACAGAAUUGAGUGGAAGAAUACUACAUGGAAACAUCAUAAUUAGAUUUUGCAGCAUCUUGCACGUGUUACUUCAGUGACAGGAGAAAAUAUGAUACAACCAUCAAUGCUGUUGGAAAAAGUACUUUCUCUUUGAGCCCUUCUACUUUUUUAUUCUUCCUUAACAUGUCUGUUCUUUUGAUUGAUUUUUCUUCUUUGGCUUUGCUUAAUUUACCUACAAGUCCAUGUAAUAAGUUUCAUAAAACUGCAUAUUUAAGUUAUUUUAAUUAUAUGAAGCAAUCGUUCAGCUAUCUGGGCAGCUGUUAAUGAAAUACCUGAGAGUAACAACACUACUCUUUUAUCUACCUGAAAUUCCCUCCUGCAUAAAACUUAUCUUUGUAAGCUAACUCUAUUAAUCACGUUUCUAACCUCUAUAACCUACUUCAGUUAAAGUAUUUAACCCAACAGUUAAAAAAAUAAAAAACUGCAGUCACCAAGGAAGGAAAAUGUGAUUUAUAGAAAGAACUUUUACUAACUUUACACUGUACACAGAUAAAUGUGAUUUUGACAAGAAUUCCACACAGUGACAAGUAUGGUACAUAAAUUUUAUUAAGAAUAUUGAAUAUAAAGUAUUUUAAUUCUAAAUUAUAAUAAAGUAUAAAUGUGCACAUAUUAAUAUAGCAAUUCAUUUUGUGUCUAUUUAACAUAACUUUAAAAUAAUUUUACAUUUACCAGCUACUUCAUUUUUAAACCUCUGAAAAAAUGUUUAGAAAUGUUUUUAAAUUAUCAGUAAUAUAACCUUAUUUGUUUCAUUUAACAAGUUUUGCCUUUGUAAAAAUUUUUUAACAUAGUGUGUAUUUUUAAGUUAAAAUAUUUGAAUAUAAGAUAGCUCUAAGAAACAAAUUCUCAUUAAACAAGUGUCUUGUUAUUUCUGGGUUUGAAUUAUACAUAGAAUUAAACCUCCUUAAAGGACACAGAAGAUUGGGGGGUAUGAUGAUUUCAUAUAAUAUACUACAAAACUGUUCAAAUAAUUCUGACUGACUACUAACUGCUGUAUUAUGUAUUUAUUAAAGAGCUGAUGCUGUAGUUGUGAGAUGUCUAUUUUUCUAAUGGAGCUUAUAAUAGUUAUGACAAGGCAUUUAAUUAAUGCAUCAUUCUGUUUAAAAGUAGGUGUUAAUCACUAUAAAAUUUUGUUUUAAAAUAAAAACGCAAAAAUCUAA